CCCUUAACCUUGGGUGGGUCCUCAUGCCUUCUGGGAAAGGCUAAGCAAGGACAGUGACAUCACAUUUACAGUUCAUAGCCCAGGGAGGUGGCUCAGUGGGAAGAGUGCUUUCUGUGAAAGGACCCAAGUUAGAAAGCCCAGAACUAAGAUGAAGCUGGGCACAGUAGCACACUUCUGUGACCCCAGUGCUCCUGCGGUGAGAUGGGAGGUGGGGGCAGGAGAGUCUCUGGAAGCUUGAAGGCUAGCUUGCCUGGCAUAUAGGGCAGUCGACAACAAACGAGACCUUGUCACAAACAAGAUGGAAGAAUCAAAGUAACAAGGGCCAUGGGGUGUCAAAAGGAAAAGAGCGAGAGCCGAGAACAUUAAUUCGGUUCAAGACCGCACUCAUGAACACACUGAUGGACGUCCUACGCCACAGACCUGGAUGGGUAGAAGUGAAAGAUGAAGGCGAGUGGGAUUUCUACUGGUGUGACGUCAGCUGGCUGCGUGAGAACUUUGACCACACCUACAUGGAUGAGCAUGUGCGGAUCAGUCACUUUCGGAACCACUAUGAGCUUACCAGGAAGAACUACAUGGUAAAGAACCUGAAGAGGUUCCGGAAGCAGCUGGAGCGCGAGGCGGGAAAGGUGGAGGCAGCCAAGUGUGACUUCUUCCCCAAAACCUUUGAGAUGCCCUGUGAGUACCAUCUGUUUGUGGAGGAGUUCCGCAAGAACCCUGGAAUCACCUGGAUCAUGAAGCCUGUCGCCCGAUCUCAGGGGAAGGGCAUCUUUCUCUUCCGGAGACUGAAGGACAUCAUGGACUGGAGGAAGGGCACUGUGGGAAAGAAGCUCACCAUUGUGGAGGCGCAGCCUGCCCGUGCCAACGUGAACCCCUCAGCCAGCCAUGACACAAAGAGUUCUGAUGACCAGAAAGAAGAGAUACCAGUGGAGAACUACGUGGCUCAGCGUUACGUGGAAAACCCCUACUUGAUAGGAGGCCGCAAGUUUGAUCUGCGAGUCUACGUUCUGGUGAUGUCGUACAUCCCUCUGCGGGCUUGGCUAUACCGUGAUGGCUUUGCCCGGUUCUCCAACACCCGCUUCACACUGAGUAGCAUCGAUGACCAUUAUGUUCACCUCACCAAUGUCGCCGUGCAGAAGACAUCUCCCGACUACCACCCAAAAAAGGGUUGCAAAUGGAUGCUCCAGCGCUUCCGACAGUACCUGGCAUCCAAGCAUGGUCCUGAGGCCGUAGAGACACUCUUCAGUGACAUGGACAACAUCUUCAUCAAGAGCCUGCAGAGCGUGCAGAAGGUGAUCAUCAGUGAUAAGCACUGCUUUGAGCUGUAUGGCUAUGACAUCCUCAUUGAUCAGGACCUCAAGCCGUGGCUCCUAGAAGUCAAUGCAUCUCCUUCGCUGACGGCCAGCAGCCAGGAGGACUACGAACUCAAGACCUGCCUGCUGGAAGACACCCUGCAUGUGGUGGACAUGGAGGCCAGACUCACAGGAAAGGAGAAGAGAAUUGGGGGCUUCGACCUCAUGUGGAAUGAUGGCCCUGUCAGCAGAGAGGAGGGGCCUUCCGACCCUUCAGGGAUGGGAAACUUUGUGACCAACACACACUUAGGCUGCAUCAACGAUCGGAAGGAGCAGCUGAGGCAGUUGUUCCGAUCCCUUCAAUCACAGAAGAAAACUCCUGGCUGACCCCAGCCAGGAACGAGGCCCUGGCAGGUGCCGCCCUGGCCUCUCACAGGAUUCCAGCACAGCGUACCAGUCUUCACCUCCCUCCAGCCUGGCAGCCAUUUUACUGGAUAGGCAGCCUCUGCUUGUUACUUGGACCAGACACCCUAGACUCCUCACUCCAGCCACCCCCACCCCACCCCCUGGCAUCUUUGAACCAGGGACAGCUAAUCCUUGGGACUGGGUGGGCUCAUCCUCGACAGAUUGGUAACUCGGCCCAAAGAGGCCAAGCAGCAAGUUCUACCUUCCAGAGAGCACAUCUAAUAAAGCACAGGCUUUGAGUCACUCA